CCAAGAUGCACCUCGGCUUUAAUGUGCUGAAGCAAGAUGGCGAAUAAAACAAGCAAAGACGGUUCUCCUCCUUUUGAUUGUCCAUCAUGGGCAGGCAAACCACCCACAGGGCUUCAUCUGGACGUGAUGAAAGGGGACAAAUUGAUAGAGAAACUGAUCAUAGAUGAAAAGAAGUUUUACCUGUUUGGAAGGAAUCCCGACUGGUGCGACUUCACCAUCGACCAUCAGUCCUGCUCUCGGGUUCAUGCGGCAUUAGUCUACCACAAACAUCUAAAAAGGGUCUUCCUCAUAGACCUAAACAGCACACACGGUACUUUUCUUGGCCACAUUCGCCUUGAGCCACACAAACCUCAGCAGGUUCCCAUAGACUCUACCAUAUCUUUUGGGGCGUCGACACGAACUUACACCAUUAGAGAGAAACCCCAAACCCAAGGCACCGCUGGCACAGGAGACAGCAAACUUGGGGAUGAAGAGGAGCUUAAAGGACUGCUUGGACUUCCAGAGGAAGAAACAGAGCUGGAGAACUUGACAGAGUUUAACACGGCUCACAACAAACGCAUCUCCAUCCUGACAAUCGAGGAAGGCAACCUGGAAAUCCAGAGGCCAAAGAGGAAACGCAAGAACUCCAGAGUUACUUUCAGUGAAGAAGACUCCAUUAUUAAUCCAGAAGAUAUAGACCCCUCAGUCGGGCGCUUUAGAAAUAUGGUGCAAACAGCUGUCAUCCCCAUGAAGAAGCGGAGAGCUGACAGCCAAAAUACUCUGGGUCUGGAUGACUUGGCUUCCAAGCGCAUUCACGGCUACAGCUUGGGUGGAGGUCUAUACGGGGACUUGCCUCCAACCAGCCACGAGAACAAGCCAACAGGAGCGCCAGGAGGUGCUGCUAUGCAGGGCGGGCUGCCUCUGCCCUUCCCCAACCCAGCGCCUGACGUAGAUCUGGCUCCAGAGGCUCCUCAGCCCCCGAUCACACUCAACCCCACACCAGUGACAGCCCCCUACCUACCAGAGACCGUCAAUGAGCCACGAAAAAAGAAGUAUGCCAAAGAAGCUUGGCCGGGGAAGAAACCCACCCCUUCACUUCUCAUCUAACCAGUUUUAUAACACUGCUGACUCUCAGGUUCCCAGCAGGACCAUCAGGGACUGUGACCUGUCAGAGGUGGAACUCUUCGCCUCUGUUUUUAUUUGUUAUAUUAUACGAGUGCAAAAUACACAACACAUCCUCCACAAACUACAUCGACAGCAAAAGUAUUUAGUUUUUUUUUUUUUUUUUUUUUUUUUUACAACAAAAUACCUGGCAGUUAAAUGAACUACAGAGUGAUAGACAAUACAGAUAUUAUGAUGGAGUUAUGUGCUGAAUGACUUUGAGUUGAUGUAAACUUGUAUUUUAUACAUGUUCCGACAUUUUUUCACUUUCAGAAUAUUGAUAAAACUAUUAAAAGAGUUGCAAAAAAGUGGUUUUAUUCGUAUCUUACUGUGAGAAGUCAAGAUAGCCCCAAGACUUCAAAUGUAAGCAAAGUUUCGUCAAAACACAACUGUAUUUUAUUUUUAAAGCAACUCGAUAGAACGAGAAGCUGUCAGUUGUGCUGUGUUGUAUUUCCUCCUUUACGCCACUUGGUGGUGACUUCAGCAAACGGACGGUUUCUAUUAGAAGCUGAAAACUUCGUUUUUCAUUUGCAUCUUAAAGCAGUGCUCUGUUAUACUAACAUCCUGUUUUUUCUGUUACAAUAAGAGUUAAGUACUUUCUCAUAUUCUCAGAGCAAACAUACUGUAAAAAGUAGUUUUUACGCUUUUUGGAUUGCUAUUUAAAGCGUACAAGCAUUGCAGAUUGGAGAAAAGCACAAUAACAGCUACAACAUAAAAGACUAUUAAAAUGUUAUUCAGACUGUUGUAAUGCAUACUUAGAAUUAUCUGUAAAAUGCCGCCUUUCUUAACCAGCUCAAAAUAUGUCUGCAGAUUAGAAAACUAAACAUUAGGCUCGGCCUUUUCUUGAGGCUUAAUUUUUAACAUGGUUUUAUUGAGUGUUCAAAUUUGAAGAAACGUAUGAAUCUAUGUAAUAAAAUGAUUCAGACACAAAUGCCUCAGAUAAAAAUUGCAUCACAAAAACUAGUUAUGGUUUCUAGUAUUUUUAGUAUUUUUUUUUUAAUAAACUGGCAGCUUUGACAACAUCUGGUUGAUUUAUAAUUGUUGAAUUUCAUAUCAAGUUGGAGAUUCCCUCUAAAUUACAAAAAAGACCUCUAGUGGUGCAAAAGAAAAGUAAGUUGUUUUAUUUAAAAAAAAUAACUCCACCAGUGACUCUUUGGUUUUGUGGAUUUUGUAAUAUGUAAAUAAAAACAAUACUUUUUUGACACA